CGACGUAAAGACUUCAGUUUCCGUGCCAGACUUGCCCUUAUGUUAUAUUUGACCCGCGUCCAACUAAUAUUCGUUGAAUAGGAAGUAUGAUUCUCCGCAGUCACCUCGCAAAGAUUCGUUUGUCAACUUGAGCCCUGAAGCUAGGCGAGCAAGCUGUUGUAAGCAUUAGCCUCGAACGGAAUGAACCACAAUUGAGAGAGUGUUUACCAAAGAACCCUUUUUGUGUUUUUCCACAAGGUUUAAUCCAUUAUUGUGCUGAUCAGGUAUUUUGUCAGACUCUCGCAUGAAACUCACAAAAAUGGAAACUAAAGGUGACCAAUAUGGCAGACGAAUGUCUUUUCCACAAGAUAACGCUAGCCAUUCAGUGUUUCAACGAAAACCGAGGAAUCUCACCGUGGGAUCAAACAAUAACAUCGAAGAGGAGAACAAAGUCAUCAGAGCGGCUGUGCUGGGCAAAGAUGGCGUUGGAAAAACCGCCUUUACUGUUCGUCUUCUGACACGUCGUUACAUAGGCGAAUAUGACGGCACACUAGAAAGCUGGUACCAGCAUCGCGUUGAUAUAGAAGGAAAAGAGGUUUUAUUUCAUGUUUUUGAUACAGCUGGCAAGAAUUGCAAAGAAAAGAUUGAUACCUGUGCGUCAUUGGACAUAGUGUUUGUACUUUACUCCAUCACUGAUCGCUCAUCGUUCCAAGAGGCCACCCUCAUUGUCAAAUAUCUACACGAAACAAAGAACAUUCCCUCGUCAAAAAUUUUUUUGAUAGCAUCAAAAGCAGAUCAGAAACGACACACAGAGGUGACAGAAUUUGAGGGAAAACUUUUUGCCGUGAACAUGGGUUGUUCAUUCCAUCAGUUAUCAAAUUCGGAAGAUUUUUCUGAGCACAGCAAGGUAUUGAAACAAGCUUAUCUGAGAGUGUCCCUUGGGCAUGUACAAAAAGCGCCCAAGUCUCCCCUGAUGAGGAGAUUAAAAGGAGGCUUCAAGAACAAAGGACAAACUGUUAUUACUGAACACAGAAACCGAUCAGGAAGCGUCGAGUUUUAGAGGCAGCCUUUCCAAUGCAAACAGUGAACGAAAAAGACUACGCUGAGAGAUUUUGUCCUACAAUAUGGCAUUAUUUCCAACGCGAACCUAGUCAAGGAGGCUCAUAAAAAAAUUCCGUAAUUUUUCAGCAAGUCAUUCUCUGAGGAAUGAUUACAAGCCUAUUUCCUUUUCAAAUAAUUUUCAUUUUAAUUUGAAAAUGGCUUCUCACAAAUUUCUAAUCAUUACUUAUCAACUGAAGGUAUUUUAAGUUAGAGGCCCAAAAGUAAGGUAAAGUCUGUUUACGAGCCUAGUGGCCCAUUAGGCCGGUGCUUAACUCCGGUUUUUGUAGCAUGAAGCGA